GUGGCUCGACUCGUCCGCUGUGAACCAAACUCGCUGCGCUCCGUCCACUGCUGCAACUUUUGCAGACUCCUCACUCCUCAGACAUGUCGCACAAUAGCUGAAGUCAACCUGUCAUCGUGGCUCGUCUGUCGGGGGCCACAGCGCGCGGCCCACAGGUGGGAUUGCUUCCCGCGCAGCCUCUCCUGCUCCCGCCGCUCCUCUCCUCUCAUCGGAUCGGAUCGGAUCGGAUCUUUUGGAUAUGAAUUCUGCGCGUUUUCCUCAUUGAUGAACCGGGCCAGUAAUGCAGGAGACCACGGCGACCCUCUCCUCCGCGCGUCAAGAUGGCAGAUUUUCACUGAGUUUGGAGCGGGAAUUCCUCUUUGGCCAUGAAUAACAGAAACCCUUGCACCGAUGGCCCCUGUAUACGAAGGUAUGGCCUCGCAAGUGCAAGUGUUCUCCCCUCACACUCUCCAGUCAAGUGCCUUCUUUAGCGUAAAGAAACUGAAGGUGGAGCAGAGCUGUAACUGGGAUAUGACAGGGUACGGCUCACACAGCAAAGUCUACAGCCACAACAGCAGCAAGAACGCCUCGGCCGCCAGCGCCAUCAACAGCUCCCUGCAGGUCGCCAGCUCCACCCUGCCCUACGAGCAGGCUCUCAUCUUCCCCGCCAGCGCCGGCCACAUCGUGGUCGCCUCGGCCAGCAGCACCUCGGGGACCAUCGGGUCUCUGCUGGGCAGCGGGGGUGGAGGGAACAGCAGCAGCAGCGGUAGCGGUGGCGCCGGGGGUAGCAGCGGAGUUCACAACCUGACGCGCCGCAGCACGGUCAGUCUUCUGGACACUUACCAGCGAUGUGGGCUUAAGCGCAAGAGCGAGGAGCUUGAGAACAACAGCAGCGUGCAGAUCAUUGAGGAGCACGGCCCAUCCAUGAUCCAGAACGGGGGAACCAGCGGCGCCACGGUGGCGACGGUGGCCACCGCCACGUCCACCGCCACGUCUAAAAACAGCGGCUCCAACAAUGAGGGAGACUACCAGCUGGUGCAGCACGAGGUCCUCUGCUCCAUGACCAACACCUACGAGGUGUUGGAGUUCUUGGGGCGAGGAACCUUUGGACAGGUGGUCAAGUGCUGGAAGAGGGGCACAAACGAGAUAGUGGCCAUCAAGAUCCUGAAGAACCACCCUUCGUACGCGCGGCAGGGUCAGAUCGAGGUCAGCAUCCUGGCGCGCCUCAGCACGGAGAGCGCCGACGACUACAACUUUGUGAGAGCCUACGAGUGCUUCCAGCACAAGAACCACACGUGCCUGGUGUUUGAGAUGUUGGAGCAGAACCUGUACGACUUCCUCAAGCAGAACAAGUUCAGCCCUCUGCCGCUCAAGUACAUCCGGCCGGUGCUUCAGCAGGUGGCCACGGCGCUGAUGAAGCUGAAGAGCCUGGGCCUGAUCCACGCCGACCUGAAGCCCGAGAACAUCAUGCUGGUGGAUCCGUCUCGACAACCCUACAGAGUCAAAGUCAUCGACUUCGGCUCCGCAAGCCACGUCUCCAAGGCCGUCUGCUCCACCUACCUGCAGUCCAGAUACUACAGAGCUCCAGAGAUCAUCCUGGGCCUGCCGUUCUGCGAGGCCAUCGACAUGUGGUCGCUGGGCUGUGUGAUAGCCGAGCUGUUUCUGGGAUGGCCGCUCUACCCCGGAGCUUCAGAGUACGAUCAGAUCAGGUACAUCUCACAGACACAGGGUCUGCCUGCAGAGUAUCUCUUGAGCGCAGGGACAAAGACCACCAGGUUCUUCAACAGAGAUCCAGACUCCACCUACCCGCUCUGGAGACUCAAGACUCCAGAGGACCACGAGGCUGAAACUGGGAUCAAGUCCAAGGAGGCGCGAAAAUACAUCUUCAACUGCUUGGAUGACAUGGCGCAGGUGAACAUGACGUCAGACCUGGAGGGGAGCGACAUGCUGGCGGAGAAGGCCGACAGGAGGGAGUUCAUCGACCUGUUAACCAAGAUGCUGACCAUCGACGCGGACAAAAGGAUCACGCCCAUAGAAACGCUCAACCACCCUUUUGUUACCAUGUCACAUCUGCUCGAUUUUCCACACAGCUCACACGUCAAGUCCUGCUUCCAGAACAUGGAGAUCUGCAAGCGCCGGGUCAACAUGUACGACACCGUCAACCAGAGCAAGACCCCCUUUAUCACCCACGUGGCCCCCAGCACUUCCACCAACCUCACCAUGACCUUCAACAACCAGCUGAACACUGUGCACAGCCAGGCCACCAACCUGGCUCCCUCCUCCUCCACCAACAACGCCACCCUUUCAUUUGCGAGUCCCGAUGUCUCCGUACUAAACUACCAAUCUGCACUCUACCAGCCCUCCGCUGCCUCCAUGGCGGCCGUCGCCCAGAGGAGCAUGCCCCUGCAGCCGGGGGCCCCCCAGCUCUGCGCCGCCCGGCCCGACCCCUUCCAGCAGGCCCUCAUCGUCUGCCCUCCAGGUUUUCAAGGACUGCAGGCAUCUCCUUCCAAACACACAAGUUACUCGGUGAGGAUGGAGAAUGCUGUUCCUAUAGUGACGCAGGCCCCUGGUGCUCAGCCUCUGCAGAUCCAGCCUGGCCUCCUCACUCAGCAGGCCUGGCCCAGCGGUACCCAGCAGAUCCUGCUGCCCCCCGCCUGGCAGCAGCUCACCCACACCUCGGUCCAGCACGCCGCCGUCAUCCCCGACUCCAUGAGCAGCACCCAGACGCUCACAAACUGGAGGAAUUCCCACCCCCACGGCAGCCAUUAUAAUCCCAUCAUGCAGCAGCCGACUUUGUUGACUCUCCCAUCCAACCAGACGCUCAACGUGGGAGUGGCUCAUGUUGUGAGGCAGCCCUCCACCAAUACCAGCUCCUCCUCCAAAAAGAGUAAACAGCACCAGAUGUCUGCCAGGAACGCGUCUGCGUACGAGGUGACGUCCUCGCAGGUGCUGUCUCCGCAGCGGUCCAAGCGCGUGAAGGAGAACACGCCCCCACGCUGCGCUGUGCUUCAAAGCAGCUCAACCUCCAACUGCCCGCCGGCGCAGGGAUGCGGGGGCCGGGAGUGGGGGCCCAACGAACUAGAGCCGGCCUCUAGCACCACCCGCGACCACCAGCACCAGCAGCACCUCCCCCGACAGACCAUCGUCAUCCCCGACACGCCCAGUCCCGCCGUCAGCAUCAUCACCAUCAGCAGCGACACGGACGAAGAAGACGAGCAGAAACAGAAGAGCGGUUCGUCCUCUAAACACAGGAACAACGUCAUCAGCUGUGUGACGGUCCACGACUCUCCGGAGUCCGACUGUUCCAGCAACAACAGUCCCUACACGCUGGAGUCCAGGGCCCUCAACAACAACAACAACAACAGCUACGACACAAAGACCACCAUCGUGGACAACCACAACAACGGGAACCCCCGCACCAUCAUCAUCCCCCCUCUGAAGACGCAGAACAACGAGGUUCCCAUUGAAUGUGAGCGUCUGAUUCCAGAUGCAAUGAAUCAUCAAAACUCAGCUUACAAGUUCAAACCAUCCAAUGGGGUGGCGCCUGGCAAUAAUCACUUGUCCGUGGGCGUUCCUGGAGGCGGGUCCUACCGGCAGCAGCGCUCAGGGCUACACCCAUUUCAGCAGCAGCCCCUCAACCUCAGCCAGACCCAGCAGCACAUGGUAGCCGAGCGAAACGGAGGCCAUCGGCGGCAACAGGCCUACAUCACGCCCAACAUCACCGCCCAGGCGCCAUACUCCUUCCAUCACAACAGCCCCGCCCACACGGGCAAUGUUCACCCGCACCUGGCGGCCGCACAUCUGCCCAGCCAGCCUCACCUCUACACGUACACGGCCCCCGCGGCUCUGGGAUCCACCGGCACCGUGGCCCACCUGGUGGCGUCACAGGGCUCAGCGCGCCACGCGGUCCAGCACGCCAGCUACCCACCGGGCAUCGUCCACCAGGUUCCUGUCAGCAUGGGCCACCGGGUGCUGCCUUCCCCCACCAUGCACCACAGCCAGUACCAGGCCCAGUUCGCCCACCAGGCGUACAUCAGCGCCUCGCCAGCGUCCACCGUCUACACUGGAUACCCGCUGAGCCCCACCAAGGUGAACCAGUACCCUUACCUCUAGAGACGACACUGGACAGCCUGACCCAGCGCUGCUGCACCCCCGACCCCAUCAGCAUCCUCGACACCCUCUCCUCUUCGUCACACAAGAAUGGAGACAGAGGAAGAUGCAAUCCUCAUGAAACUGUCAUGCGUAACUUGAAGAUGACAAAGGUGGAGUUUUCUCAGUUUUUUUCCUCGGGAGUUUGCGUUUUGGGACAGCAUUUGGUUUUCUUCCCCCCUCACGUGUUUGGGAAGCGACUGCUGAAGAGGGGUCACUGACUGGAAGCGUGGAAUCCCAAGAGGUUUGGGAGAAGGUGAAAUACGGAAACCUGCUGCUCUUCAAAGAAAAAAAAAACUUGUCGAUGGCCUUUGAACUGUCUGACUCUUUCCAAAAUCAUUGGUGGCGUGGGGAGACAAGAGAGGGCAGCUCCACCCACUCCACCUUCUCCACCCAGAGGAGGUUACUGGAAAAAGAACCAACAGAAGACAAGAAACUUUUUAGUGUAUUUAUAGAUAUUUUAUGUUUGACAUUUAUGAUCCUUCGGUUUUAUCUAUAGGUGUCUUAGCUGGGCCCCGUUCUUAGAAUGUAGCACCACUUAUGGUUUUACCCCCCUCCCUCCAAUACCAGUAUAUUUAUUUGUGUCUCCUUUUUUUAAAUGUGAUUGCACAAGUGGUUAAAAUAACAUAGGCAUGUACAACGUGAUUGUCUGUGUGUGCUACUGUCAGCCAUGCGUGUGUAGUCCACCUCCCCGGUAGGGUUUUGACCUUUUUCCCUUGUAGUGCCUUACAGAUGAACAACACAGUUUACUCGGCUUGAAUCCACAAGAGACGGAAGCUGUACGCGGGUGUGACAUCGGGGAAGUUUUCUUCCAGGUGUAGGCUCCGCCCCUUUGCUGUUUCUCAUCCACAGUGACAGCUCAUUUGUUUUAGACGCCUACGGUACGUCAGGAGGACGUUUUAGGAGCUAUGUUGCAAACUUUUAUCACGGUGGCACCCGAGACGUGGUCGUGGUUCGGACGGAGAGCGGGUCCAGGAGCAGGGCCGGACUGAAAGUGCUUGUUACUGCGAGGGGGAUUCUGGGAGGACUGAGGUAGCCUGGCUGCAUCCAAGAGAAUCAAGUGGUGGGGGGGUGAGGAGAGGUUCUGUGCGGUUGAGUCAGUUAAAUGGGAAUAAAAUAAAAUCAAGUUGGUUUUGAGCAGGUUGACAGUAACGCUGAGCCCGGGGGGCGGGGAUUCUGCCUCGCCUGAUCGGAUUGGUUCGUUUUUUUAAAAGCUGAUCCGAAGGGAACGCAGAGGAGAGGAAGCAGCUACACCUGGAAGGUGUGGAGUGGCUUGAUGUCCAUUUGUCUUCGAAUCAGGUACACCACAGACCACGCCCAGAUGGGGGUACCUGAACACUUAGAGAACCAAUAGGGCUUUGUGUAUUUGCUGCUUUAUUUUGAAAAACCCUGUAGCCAAUAAUGCAACUCUCCCCCCCUUCUUUUGAACUUUAGCACAUCAGAACUACUGAUGGAUUAGAGUGGGGGUGUCAAACUCAUUCUGGUUUGUGGGCCACAUUCGACCCGUCUGAUCUCAAGUGGGCCGGACCAGUAACAUAAUAGCCAAAUAACCUUUGGUCAACUUGUUAUCCGUAGCUCUGUUUUUGUUUUGUUUUUUUCUCAGUUGGAAAAAAUGCCUCAAGUAGCCUAAUCACUUAUUAUUAUUUUCUUUGACAUUUUGGUAAUUGUGGUGUGACACCUAAUAAUUUUUUUAUCAACUUAAGAGCGUUGAGGCUGGCUGGGACCUUAACUGCAUCUUACUUAUUUCUUGAUCUCUUGUUAUGCUGGUAUUUCUUUUCCUUUGCUUCCCCCAGUGGCGGAAUUGCGCAUUGUGGCCAUUUCUUUAAAUAACCAACACAUUCUCAUCCCCAAGUCGUCACAUGUUUGUUAAGGACCAUCAUUUUUUGACAUGCUGGCUGUUUGUAAAACCAAGACUCUGUAACCCUCAGGACCAGUACUUGGUCAAAGUAAGGGUACUGGUACUGGGUUAGGGUACCGGUACUGAUGCAUUCCAAGGACCAGUGCGCAUCCGGUACCCCGUCCGGUAUUUUUUCUGGUACCGGUUCGGGUCCGGUACAGAAUCUGGUCCGAUGUCGGGUUAGGGUACUAGUAUCUGGUUUGCUAACGGGUGUCACGAUACUGGACCGUUCCAUUACUGGUACCCUAACCCAGUAAAGGGUACCCUAACCUUAAACCCAGUACUGGUUUGCGUCCAGUAAACCUGUUUGGUAAACAGGUUUGUUACCAGGCAUCGUGGUACUGGACCGGUCUAGAACUGGUACCCUUACCCAGUACUGGUACACUAACCUUACCAGUACAAGUACGAACCCGGUAGUGGUUUGUGUCCUACGCGGUACUGGUCUAAUACCGCUGGUCUAAUACCUGUGCCCUGUAGUCCUAACCUGACAACGGACCCGAUGCGGUAUUGGACCCGAACUGGUACCAGGUACGAUAACAGGCACUGUACCGGGUGCAAACUGGACGCAGUACCGAAAGCAACACCCAGUUAUGGUACCAGGUUAAGGUUACCGGACGUGAACCAUUACUGAGUUAAGGUUAGGGUCCCUGUACUGGGUUAGGUUACCAGUACUAGACUGGUCCAGCACAGCGACGCCUGGUAGCAAACCGGUUUACCAGGCAUCGUGGUACUGGAGCGGUCCAGUACCGGUACCCUUACCCAGUAUCGGUAUACUAAUCUAGAAUCAGAAUCAGAAAACUUUUAUUGGUCCCAGAGGGCAAUUCAUUUGUAGAACUUGUGUAACUUGUGUCCUACGCAGUACUGGCCUUGUACCGCGACGCCUGGUAGCAAACUCGGCACCUGUACCCUAACCCAGAACCGGUACCCUAACUGUAACCCGGUACUGGUUUGUGCCCGGUACUGUGUCCAGUUCGGGUCUGGUACCACAUUUGGUCUGGUGUCGAUUAGGGUUAGGGUACCAGUACCGGGUUUUGCAUUUGGGCGUCAUGGUACUGGACCGGUUCUGGAUGGUGCACCGGAGGUUGGGGAUCCAUGAUUUAAUGGGAACACCCAGUACGUCGGAAAAACAACAAGUUGGUUAUACCCAAAACGUCAAAGAUGACGCAGAGGGGUCCUUGACUCAACAUCAAAAAGACUUGGGAGUGAUAAUGUGUUGAAAUAACCAUAACUCAACAGAGACAUGGACUAGAAACUUUUUUUUUCUUUUUUAAUAUUCUUGUAUUUUUUUCUCUUCAUGACUGGGCCGGAUUAAACCAUCUGGCGGGCCGGAUGCGACAAGUUUGACACCCCUUGAUUAGACAAAACCUCCCCCUCCCUCAUGGUUUGCCAUAGUACACACAUUUGAAGUAUUUUUAACUUAACAUGAGUUCAUUUUGACAUGGCUGUAGUACAUAUUGUGUUUAUGUUUUUUCUUAGAGAUUGUUGCAAUAAUUCUUGUGUUUUUCUUACUCGUCGGGCUCAUUUCUGUUGGGUAUUAGUCGUAUAUCUGUGGAGGCGGGUGCACCUGUGUAAAGCGUUGCAACACGCCGCUGGCUUCAGGGGAGGGGGCCGAACCCAGCGCGUGGGCUCCUUUCAUCCUCCACUCCCCAUCAGACACCUGAAGUAGUGCUACGUGGUUGCAUCAUGAGUGUGAUGUUUUUAUUCUCUUUCAUGGGCUUCAUUCCCUCUGGGUCUCUGAGGUGUAAGCACACGUCUGGCUCCUCCGUUAAGAGACGAACUACUGAAACAUUCCACUGUUCAUUCUUUACUGCUGUUCACCCCCACUAGUUUAGUACUUUUCUUCCUUCUUUUGCUUGCCUCACCAAAGAGUUGAACAGGUUGAGCGUGUACGGCGGAGAACAGGCAAGUGCUUUUGAGGUCUGAGGCGUCGCCAAUGACUCUGAAACACAAAAUCUUUAACGAACCGUAACUUUUCAACCAUUAACACAAUCAUUUCAGUAGAUUUUGAAGGAGAUUUCUCCUUCAAAAUCUACUGAAAUGAUCGUGUUAACCAUUAAAAAAUUACAGAAAAUAAAAGUACAUAAACACUGGAGCUAAAGGGUUAACUAGCAUUUAGCUAACGAACAAACGAAUGCACAGGGAGGAGUUUCCGCACGCUCACUUCUUCGAUACCCAAAUCUUCUUUCCUCAAAAAUGUUUUCAAUUCUUCCUUCCUCCCUGAACGAUAAACGAACGAAUGUAACGCUCCCCUCCCCCACAUGCGACCGUUUAAAUAAUUUCUGCACCAUUUGUGCAUGAUGCAAUAAUUACUCAUCUCCAGCGAAAUCUUUACCAUUAGAGGACGUCCGUACAUUAUUAUUUUCUCAGACGAAACACCCAGUUGUAUGCGGAGGGAAGAAACCUUUGUUUCUCACAACCAAUGCUUUGUGUGUGUGUUUUUUUUUAAUAAAUAUAAAAAGGGGAAUCAGAAAUGUAAGCAUUAAUGUAGAUCGAGUGACCUUACGAUUACCAAAAUGUGCUUAAGUAGAGUGUUUUCUUGUUCGGCGAUGCUUUGAGUUCCCACCCUUAUUGAAAAGUACUGCCUUCCAAAUAACCACCAAUACCUCCAAAGCUUUAAGGUGAAAUAAGAAUAAGUCUACAAGCUUGUCGGUUUCUGAAAUGCACUAAAACUUCCAAAUGUCGUCGGUGUGUUUUCAUGUAAACUUGAGAAUCCUGCAGCUUUGGAAGCACUGAGAGAGGAGCACACGCCGAUACCUUCAGCAUCAGAAGACGCGCUUCAUGAUGCUCAGCGAAGCUGGAGCUGCUUCAGAAGUGAAGAAAUCAUGAAGGGUCAGCGCCCAAGAAAUCCAUCAUACAAGCAUUUUCAAAGCCCUUUUUGAUUAAGGUUUUCUUUUCUUUUGUCAAGGGGAUCUGCGCUUUUUGUUUUUUUUUUUUUUGUUUUGUUUUUUGGCUUUUCCCCGGGGGAAUUCAGGGUGGGGUUGUCAUGGUUUGAUGCCAUCACUAUGUAUCACAGAAUAUAAAUUCAAGACGAUUUUGAACCUCUUUUUAUUUUUCGCAAGGACAUGAGGCUCAGUAAACAAAAACGAGCCAACGGAGGGCUUCAGCAGAGAACCUUAAAUAUACAAAAACCUAAUUAUUGAAGUGCAGGCAGCUGUGACUGAUUAGCAGGAUCUACAGGAGAAAGGGUGGAGUCACAGCAGCCUGCACAGGAGCAAAGGAAAAAAAAACACAAAACAAACAGAACACGACACAUUUAACCUGAAUUUGGAAAACCAAAGCUAUGUUUAAAUCGUUUUUGAGCCCUGUCUCUAUUCAAACCCAAUAAAAUGCUGUCAUGGAGAUUUUCUACGGACCUAAGAGAGCUUCAAACCCUGUUUUAAAACUAAAUAUAAAUUUAAUCAGAUUCAAAACCUUUUUUUUAGACUCAAGAACAUAAGGUUCAGCAAACAGGCAAGGAAGCAGAAAUAAACAGAGGGCUUCAGCAGAGAACCUUAAAAAUACAAGAACCUAAUUAGUACACUGCAGGCAGCUGUGACUGAUUAGAAAGAUCCACAAGAGAAAAGGCGGAGUCACAGCAGCCUGAACAGGAACAAAAGAAAAAAAAAACAGAAAAGUAACAAAAAACAAGCAGAACAUUACAUAUUUUAGAUUUUUUAAUCAGGAGGUGAUUAAUUUAGUCGGAAUUUGGAAGAACAAAGCUAUAUUUAACAUUUUUUGGGGCCCGUCCUCCAUCCAAAUCCAGGAAAACGCUACCAUGGAGAUUUUCUACGGACCUAAGAGAGCAUCAAACCCUGUUUGUUUAUCACAGAAUAUAAAUUCGGAUUAUGAACCACUUUUUUUUUUUUGUCGCUGGAUUAUUGAGCUUUAGGUCUGGAUUUCAUGAACUAGCAAACAGGAAGAAACCCAGAUGCAGAAAGAGUCACAGGCACAUUAGUGGCUGAGACCAAGGGGCUUAAUUUACAAAACCACAUACAAACAAAGACAAAAUGAGCUAACACAGAGAGCUUCAGCAGAGAACCUUAAAUGAACAAAAAUCUAAUUAGUGAACUGCAGGCAGCUGUGACUGAUUAGAAGAAUCCACAGGAGAAACUGCGGAGUCACAGCAGCCUGUACAUGAGCAAAAGAAAAAAAAAAGCAACACCAAACAAGCAGAACAUGACACAUAUUUUAGAUUUUUUAAGCAUAAAUCUAGUCUGAAUUUGGAAGACCAAAGCUAUAUUUAAAUCGUUUUGGGCCCGCCCUCCAUCCAAGAAAACGCUACCAUGGAGAUUUUCUACGGACCUAAGAGAGCAUCAAACCCUGACCCCCUUUAUUGUCGAUUGCUGUAUGGUUUCUUCUUGUUGUAAAAUCUCCUUCUUUAUCGAUGAAGCUAAUGUGUGCUGCAGUAUUUCUUAGUAGGCUUCUUUGUUGAUCGUCUUUUCUCCGUUACUUUUCUCUAUUGGGGUGUGAUGUCUUAUUAUUUCCAUAUGUUGGCGUAGCAUUCUAUGUAUACCCUGUUCCUUAGCCUAAUAUUACCAAUUAUGUCAUGAGAAUGGAUAUUUUACUGGCUUUAUAGAAUGUUUAAAUAAAUAUAAUGACAAUAAGAAAAGGAUGAAUUAAAAACCUCUUAACAACCUGCUACCAAGCGCUUGUUACCAUUACGAUGUCGUGUGCUUCUCUUAAUCAUUUUCGUUGUAGAAAAAUGGAGUGGAUUUAUAUUAGGCUUUGAGAAAAAAAUAAAAAAAAGAACUAAUGACAGCAUUUGUAAAUUUUACAGGAGGGUUUUACCAGACAAACAGCUUCAUCAGAUAGAAGAGUAUAGUUAUUUGAAUUGUCCUCUUUAUUAACUGUAGGCUGAGAAGGGGCUCGCAUUGUGGUGAACUAUGUUAUAGCUUGUUAUUCACUGUUACUUUUGAUCAUUUUUUCGGUCUCCGAGGUGAAUCGAGUUAUUAAUGAGAAUUUGUAUGCUCACAUAUGCAUAUUGUAUAUGUGUAGAAAAUGUAAUCACACUUUGUCUUGGAUUUACAUUAAAUUGUUAAGUCACAACA